AUGGUGAAUGUGAAAAAGGGCGUGUUAGUACGUUGUGAUCCUGCUAUGCGCCAACUUCUGGUGUAUCUCGAUGAGUCACGGGCGUUGGGAUCGAAAUUUCUAGUGAAGGAUUUGGACGAAACGCAUGUCCUGAUCGACAGGGAGACCGUACCAAUUCUCGAACAAAAACUCGACCAGAUGAUGGAGUCACUCUCUCCUGAUCUUAAUGACAAGUGA